ACCUUCAAGUGGUUAAACCAGACGAUUUAUACUCCCCGGGGAGCGAAGGCAGCGGAGGUAUGCCGACUGAAAAAGUUGGUCCGUCUUCCCCUGGGACAGAGAUGAGUGUCACCAGCCACCCUGGGAAUGAGAAUGGUCAUGUGACCACCAUGAAUGGUGAACAUGGCGGUAGACUGAUGGUGAACAGUCACAUGUUGUUCCCGCGCCCGUACAGCCCCGGAAGGGGAGCGAAGAAAAAGAACGGCUUGCCGUACACGGAAGUCUCUCUAGGCCAGACUGAAAACGGACCCGAACUGCUGUGGAAGAGAAGAGAAGACGUAGAGCCUUUAGACAAGGAAACGGGCAAGAAAGGGACGGAAAGCGAAUUCUACAAGAAGUUGCAUCCAGAAGCAAGACAGUUUCUUGCUCAGAACGGGAUCGAUAUGUCUUGGGAAGACAACAUCCACCAAAAGGAAAAGGACGGAAGGAAAGAGAAGAAAAGGGAUGAUCCCAGACUUCCGAUGACGAACGGGCUGUCAGAGUUAGAAAAUGGUUCUGUUGUGAAAAGGCCGUCAGCGACUAAACUGAGCAAUAAUACUUGGACAAAGAGAGACUGUCAAAAGAGGGACACAGAGGAAAAAUGUGCAAUGGUAGAAAACAGUGAACAAUCAUCACACAAACCACAAUCACUUCUCCACAGUUCUCCAGCUUUUGUUAAAAACAGAACAUCUGACCCUAGUAGGGGUAGGUCGCCAUUUCCCAGCAUGCUUAGCAAAGCAGAGCAUGAUGGGACAUCUCCCAGCCUGCCUUGCAAAGACUUGACAGUUGAGAAUGGAACGGGCGGCGGCUACAGGCCCGUUCUCGUUAGCAACCUAGUUAGACGAUUCCAAGAAAUGGAGAAGAACGAAAAGAAGACAAACGAGGGUAAGCAAGCGUCUUCCCAGAAUUCCUGCAGAUUCGGUAACUCUGACGUCGACGGUCGCAGGUCAGUUGAAGACGGAGUAAGAAGUCCGUUCAAGCCAAGAACUGAAGACAAUCUGAGUUUAAAAACCCUAGUUGAAGACGACUUUGGAUCUUUGAGUUGCGAAGCAGAAGGGGCAAGUGCCUCCAGCUGUGCCAGAAGUCCCAAGCAUUCCCCUCCAGUAAGGGAUACGCCUAGCAACCACACUGGCCAAUCAGAAUCCAGCAAUGGCAUUCUGGGAGAUUGUCUGAUCAACCAAUCACUAGUUGGCAUGGAAGAGAGGGAUGGUAGUGCUUUGAUGCUCCAUAGAAACGGAUCCCCCAUACAGAAAUAUCACAGAGAACCUAACUGGAAAAACUACGCCCCCGAAGGCUAUGUAAAUAAAGCCACCAAGUCGUCCCGCAGUGAUUUUGUAGUCGAUGGAAGUGAAAAUUGUCAGAAUCAUUGCGUACUGAAUAACGAAAACGCUGAGAGAGGUUCCAAGCCAGAGCCUGUCGCUUUUCAUCAAAAUAGAGUUCCGAAACCGAACUAUGUGAAUAGACAAGAAUUGUACAUAGACGAAGAAUCUCUCCAAUGUAGUACGGAAGGAUUCGCAAAAACGCAAACCAAGACCAUAAACGCUAACUUCUCUGGCUUGCAAGGGCCGAAACCGUUCAAGACUCCAGUGCCAAAGCCAUAUGCGGGUCCGCCUCUACAACUCAACAACUUGUCAACAAGUAACGGUACCGGCGCGACGGGAACUCAGGACAAGAGCCAAUACAACGUCACCGAGAGCGAAACCGUGCCAAAAUCCUCCCUGGUUGCUUUAGACCAGGUCUCGAACUCUUCCAAACCAUUCAUAAAAGUUAGAAACGAAACUAGCUCUCCGCAAAUUGGUAGUAGAAAAGACCAAGAGCUAGCUUUUAUACAUAACGAGUUGUGUAUACACGAAGGUACGGCGUCAUUGAACAGUUCGACUAGCGAUCUCGAACUACGAACCUUCCAAGAACGGUUAAAGCUAGACCUACCCGAUAUAACCACAAUCAAGACCGAUUCAGGUUCAAGCUCGGAUAGCUCACCCGAAGAGAGCACCAAACCGUUAUCGAUGGGGAGCUUGUUUGCUCCCGCGUCCGAUCUAACGCAGUCCGACGCUAGCGAAGACGUGACCCCCACGAACGCGACGGCGCGUAGAGUCGGCGAGAGUGGGUUCGUGAGAAGUAAUUCCUUCACGGUGUUGGAAGAUGAUCACGAGAAGGAGCGGUCUUCGCCAGAGUUGGACAAGUGUUCGGAGCUGGAGGGAGAGUUCAUGUUGGACAUGGGGAAGGACCAUAGGGGCAAGGAACCCAGUUCCCCUCCAGCCAGAGAAGGCCUGUCCAAGUCCCAGGAGUCUCUCCUGUCUGGAGAGUCGCUAGACCUGAGUCUGUUUGAGAAGAGAGAGGGACAGGCUGACCUCACACUGAGCACAUUGCUGAUGGAUUCGGAUGAUGAUGAUGGACCUCUGGAUAAGGAGCCUAUCAACUUUGUGGAGAGGUGGAAGCAGAGGAGCAACAACUCCACCCCUGUCAGACUGCCUGACUGGAGCCCCAGCAAAACUAAGGAGGAGCUCUCACGCAAGGUAAACAAGCCUUCGACUGCACUCCGGUUAGACCUGGAUAGAACCAGUCACCAAGGCUUAUCUGAGAACUGGCUCCUGGGCAUGCCCACAACCAACUCUACCUCCACACAGAAUUCCGCGUUUCCCAACAAAAAUUCCGGUUUCCAUGCCAACUCCGGAAAGCUGGCCAAUGGCUCGCCUCUGCAGAGACGUAGGUGGAUGGACGGGUUUGACGACACGAAAGGUCAGAGGUCGAGGGUAGCGCCGCGGUCGUCGCAGACGUGGGAGCGAGGCUGUACGGCGAGGCCGUCGGAACGGUCGAGAGACAUGUGGGCGGGGUUCUCGGAUGGGGAGAUCGCGGAGUUAGAAGAGAAAGACGGUCACGUGAGGUACAGACCUAUCUUCAAAGAAGGAGAGAAGUUUCCAGGUUUCGCAGAUGAGGAACCUGCGGAAGUGGUACAGAGGAAAGGCCUGUACGAUUCCGCGUACGGAACAAAUGGGAUGGACGGGCGGGAGUCUUCGGGCGAGGGCAUCUCCAGCCUGAUUGGGAAGGACGAGGUGUCGGAACCAGAGUCGCUCAGCGCUAAGGAGAGAGCAAAUCUUUUGGACUCUCUGAUUGGCAGCGAUGACUCGUCAACGGACUCUGAUGAUGAAAGAGAUCACCACUUGUUUACUAAGCUGCGUCUGGCAAGAAGAAGUGUAAAGCGGAACCAGGUGAUUCGCGACUCCCAGGCGGGGUACGUGUCGAUUGUGGAGUUCCGUGCCAGGAACAUGUUCGCCAGGUUCGGGGAGCCGGAGAAGGAGGCCGUCGCGUGUUUCGACUUCCUGGAGGAGCUGUCAAUCAGCAGUGUGGACAGGGAGGAAAAGGAUGAAGACACACGACAGCACACCCCUCUCCAAAGUGACCAAGACAACAGCAACGUCCCCAACAAGGCCGACUCUCCCAAAACCAGCAAGGAUGAUCACAACAACAAAAUCAGCGGGAGAAACCAUUCCCACCCCGAGGAGGGGGAGGUAGGGGUCGACGGAGGGGCGGAGCGACCGGGCAGUUCGCCCGCUAGUUCGACAGAGUGCCUUUCCUUUAGUGACUCUCUGUACGACAGCUUUUCGUCUAAUCCGAGCUUAUCUUCCAACGAUACGUAGGAACGACGAAAAAGGUUCGACAUCCAGAAAGUAAGAUACGUAAGCUAACAUAAAGCC